AUGUCGGAGGACGCAGGUGCCACAGGAAUGCCCGCUGCUCAUGCGCAACAACACUAUGGCGAACCGACCGCGCUUCAUAUCUCGACCGAGCAAGAAAAGAGACAACCUACUGUCCAGGAAGAUGCAUAUCCUACUUCACCCCGACGGAAUACGACGACGCCAAACCCCUUCAGCCGGAGAAAUACCAGCAUGGAUAUAGAUGACUAUUUUACCGGUCCUCGUGAUCUCUCCAAGCACUCAAAAUGGCCUCUGUUCAUGCAGCUACACGGCAGCAUUCUUCCCAAGAUGAUUGUUCCACUACUUGUCGUUGCCGCCUGGGCGAGUCUUGUAACUGUCGUCUCAAAGAAGGUCCCAGGGGUUAACUUGGGAAUCAGUUCCAUAUUGCUCACUGUUACUGGUUUCGUCGUGGGUCUGGGCUUAUCCUUCCGCAGCUCGACAGCGUAUGAGCGAUAUGCCGAGGGCAGAAAAUACUGGAGUCAAUUGAUAUUCACCUGCCAAGGGCUCGGCCGAGUCUUCUGGAUUAAUGCCGUCGAACGCGAGGGGUCUUCCAAGAAGGACCUGCUGGCGAAAUUAACUGCCAUGAAUUUAAUCGUAGCCUUCGCGGUAUCCUUGAAGCACAAGCUUAGAUUCGAACCGUACACGUACUACGACGACCUCGUAGAGUUAGUCGAUCAUCUAGAUACCUUUGCUAGGUCCGCUACGGAAGAAAAUGCGAUAAAACCGAGGUCGGGAUUGUUCAAGGCGGUCGGAGAGAAUCUCGGUUUAUCCUUUGCAGCUUCGAAUCCCCGGAAAUUAAUGAAGAAGGCCCAGACCCCAUUGGGCAAUCUUCCAUUGGAGAUCCUCUGUUAUCUUACGGCAUACGUAGAUGAACUGGCCCUCAAUGGCCAGUUACCUGUUGGAAUGCAACAGACUUCCGCCUAUAACCAACUUCAAGCCUUGAACGACGUCCUAGUCGGUACCGAGCGAGUUCUUAACACUCCCCUUCCUAUUGCUUAUGCCAUCGCCAUUUCGCAAAUCACCUGGAUUUAUGUGUUCCUCCUGCCGUUCCAAUUGUUUCUCGAACUCGACUGGAUAACAAUUCCGGCCACCGUAGCUGCGUCCUAUAUUAUACUAGGCAUUUUUUUCAUCGGCCACGAAGUUGAGAACCCUUUCGGCAACGAUGUCAACGACUUGCCUCUAGAUCUAUUCUGUCAGCAAAUCGUCCAGGAUAUGGAAACCAUUGCGGCACGACCCAAACCUCGUCUCUCCGAAUGGGUCGAGAACCCGAAGAAUAAGGUCUUAUAUCCUCAUAGCGAAUCGGGCUACAGCGUAUGGGUACAGCGACCCGAGUCAACUAUUCGGAGCGCGCUACGGAACCGGCCCCAUGCCGGAUUUGACAAGAUGGAAGGGAGUAGCGGAACGGGAGCUCAGAGCGUAUAA